AUGCCGGGUAAAGCAAAGGGUAAAAAGGGCGGUAAGCCUGUAAAGCCUCCUAAGCGGCCUGCACCCCCCCCUUCCUCGGAUGAGGAGGAUGAUCAGGAGAUGGUGCUUAUUCGUGGCCUUGUGCAGAGGAUGGAAGCGCUAGAGAAGGCCAGGGCUAUUCCUCCUCCCGACAAAGACGCCGGGCCUUCGGGUGUUCCGAAACCUGCGCCUAAGCGCACGAGGGUGGCGGUUCGGACGCAAUUAUUAAAAUCAAUUUCUGAUAGGUUGGCUGCACUAGAACAUGGCGCUGUUCCUGGCGGUCCUGCGGCUCCUGCUCCCACAGCAACUUUGCCUGGUGUUCCAGAUCCGGUGGUUCCGGUUCCAGUUCCUGAUGUGCUUGAGCCGGCGGCUCCUAUCGAUCCCGCGCCUGCUGCACCGGCGGGGCCCAGUCCGGAAGGCCCACCUGCACCUUUGGUUCCGGGUUCUGGCGGGGCAGCGGCUCCUGUACGUAUCCUCAUUUGCGGCCAUUCGUUGGUCUUCUGGGCGUUCAAGAGGGCCAGCACCUCGCAGUGGGGUACCCAGCUGGGAUUGGCUGGGCGCGCAAUUGUUUGUUGGAAAGGCAUGCGGGGUAUGCUCUGGAGCCAGCUGCUCCCGGCAGUCUGGGAUUAUGUAGGCAGGUCUCCCCGGCCAGAUGUUCUUGUCAUCCAUCUGGGGGAGAAUGAUUUGGGCAAGCGGACUGGCGUUUCCUUGGUUCAGCAAGCCUCUUCCGACAUGCAGGUUUUGCGGGCUUGGCUGCCUGGGGCCCACAUUGUUUGGGCCGAGUGGUUGCAGAGGCGGGCGUGGCGUGGGGUCCAGAAUCUCAGGGGCAUUGAAAGGGCCAGGCGUAAGGCAUCUGCCGCCAUAGGUAAGUUGGUGGUGGCUGAUGGUGGGUCGGUGUUGCACCAGCCUGGUCUCCUCGCCCGUUUCCCGCAUUUGUUUCGCCCGGAUGGGGUGCAUCUUUCAGAGGAAGGAUGUGAUAUCUAUAUCCGUAACCUCAGGAAUAGGCUUGCUGAACUUUUGGAAUUAGGUGGGGCAGGGAGGUCAAGCUAG